AUGUCUGGCGGAUUUAGUUAUUUCGAUCGAAACGUUCCAUCGAUCGCUAUCCACAGUCUUUUUGAUAAAUAUGAUAUAAGAAGAGACGGAAAACUCGACGAAAGAGAGAUGAAAUCUUUCCUGGAGGAAGCGCUGGGUCUCGACUUUCAUCAGUCGGAAAUUUACUUCUUCCUCCUGGACAAAGACGGUGACCAAGGAAUCUCGUAUGAAGAAUUCAAGGACUGGCUUCGGAGCGGGGAAAGAUUCCAAAGAUUGGACGAUCGCUCCAAAUUUCAGCGCGUCUGCAUGGCGUACGAAUAUUUCAAAACAUUUGACACCGAUAACAGUGGUACGCUGGACAGAAGCCAGUUUGAAUUGAUGAUGAAAUACCUCGGCCACCAUCACCUUGACAUGGAUAAGGUCUUCGCAAAAAUGAACAGACACAACAAUGGAAAACUCUCCUUCUGGGAAUUCAUGAUAUGGUUGAACUGGGCUCCCAUUGAAUAG